AUUGUACCCACAGCAGUAUAUAAGCAAUAUCUACUCUUAAAAGUCUAAUAGUCGCAUAAUGGCUUUCUCCACCUCCGUGUCGGUUAUAUUUGUGAUCUCGGCGAUCAGCUGUUGGGUCUUAGUUUCUGGAGAUUUGCGAGCAGACCUAAAGGAUUUCGUAGCACUGGUUCCCCGACGAAGAAUUGGAUUUAUUGCCGCCAGAUACUAUAUCUUUGAUCCCAAGUUCCGUCAGGCAGUUGAGUUUGUGCGCAGCGAUGAGUUUACGACGACCUGGCAGCAAGUUCGUGCCGCUCCCGAUUUUGUGGAUAUCAUUAACUAUGUGACCGAAUACGGUUCGGGUUAUGAUAUCACUACUCUUGUGGAUAGUUUACCUACUCGGUUGCGAGCUUAUCAACUGUCGCGCACUGUACCUGUGGAACUUAUGCUGCGGCGUGAUUUGACUACCUUCCUUCGGGAUGUUAUUCAAAGUCUGCCAAGGACCAGAAUCUAUUCGUUAAUGUCACAGAAAGUGCGACAGAGUAGUGAGUUCGCCAAACUCUACAAGGCUCUGAGGAAUAAGGAGUUUAAGGAGCUAGUGCAGCGUGCAAGGCGUUCCGGACAACUGCAAGCCCCAAUAAGGAAAUUGAUUCAAAAAAGUAUCAACGUCGAUGAACUUCUCCAAAUCCUCUUUGAGGUAAUCAGUUGGGGUCCUCAGAUCUCUUAGACUCUUUAGUUUUAGUUCCAAUAUUAUAUGCUUUAUAAAAUAAUUUAUUUAUGAUAUUACAAUACCAUAUCAGCAAUACAGAUAAUAUCUAAUUUCAAUAUGAAAAUAGAUUGCCAUCCUAUAAUAAGGGCUUUUACACAAAAUUCAGAAUGUUCAAUACUGUCGAGAUGUGCAAUCGUAAACCGAACCUACAAGAAAAAAGAGGUCAUUUCUUAUCAGUUCUGAGUAAUAAAUAUUUUUA